GAGAGAAAUGUAAACUACUGUCACGACUGCGCCCAAGUAGACGUUUGCCUCAUGCAGGGCGGUAGUUGCGUGUGCAGUAGGGAGGGGGAGGCCCAUCCCCAACAUAGCCUCGGGGCUUUUUUGUUCAAGUUUGCCUCAUUUGAACAAUAAACAUGGUUCUGCGCUCCGCUUGGCACCAGGUGACUCCGCGGGACGCAGCCACAGGAAACGACCGGAGAGGAAACUUUGACUAUGAAGGAUUAUGAUGAGAGCAUAGCUUUUCUGGGGCAAUGGGGACGUUUCCAGCAGGUCGUCUUCUUCCUGCUCUGCUCCACCAUUGUUCCCAAUGGAUUUGGAGCUUUCACCCUCGUCUUCCUCACAGACGUGCCGAGUCACCACUGCCUGGUGCCUGACGACAACCUCACAGAGGACUGGCGCAAAGCCACCAUACCAGUGGAGGUGGUGAAUGGGAAAGAGGAGCAGAGCAGAUGCAGCAGAUACAGGUUGGAUGUGGUCAGAAAUCUGUCCGCUCAGGGAUUCGUUCCUGGCAGGGACGUCAACCUCACCGACCUGGAGCAGGAGGCCUGUGUGGACGGAUGGAGCUACAGCACGGACACGUACAAAUCCACUGUAGUCUCUGAGUUUCACCUGGUGUGCAGUGAAGAGUGGAAGCAGCCGUUAACUGCCACAGUCUAUUUCCUGGGAAGUCUGAGUGGAUCUUUCUUCUCCGGACUGCUGUCGGACAGAUUUGGAAGGAAGCCUGUUCUUUUUGCCACCAUAGCACUUCAGACGGUUUUUACCUUCAUUCUCGUCUACUCUGCCUCAUGGCUAAUGUUAACCAUCCUCCUCUUCAUCAAUGGUUUGGGGCAGGUAUCAAACUUCGUAGCUGCUUUAGUGCUGGGAGCUGAGAUCUUGACUGGCAACGUGCGAGUCCUUUACUCAUCUUUAGGCACGUGUUUAGGUUUCACUGUUGGCUACAUGAUGCUGCCGGCCUUCGCUUACUUUAUUAGAGACUGGAGAUCUCUCACAUUGGCUUUGUCGCUGCCUGGCCUGCUCUACAUCCCCGUCUGGUGGUUCAUCCCGGAGUCUCCUCGGUGGCUGCUCUCUCAGGGAAGAGUGGAGGAGGCUGAAGCCAUCAUGAGAAAAGCUGCUAAAUGGAACAAACUUCAGGCUCCUCCCGUCAUCUUUGAGAUUAGCAGUGAUGAUGAGGAUAAGACAGAGGUGAAGGAAAGCCACAAUGUCUUCGACCUGAUGAGGAAGCGCAACAUCAGAAUCACAACAAUCCUUCUCUGCUGGGUGUCGUUCACCAUGAUGACCGGAUACUUUGGCCUGUCCUUCAGCACGGCCCAGCUCCACGAUGACCCCUACAUCAGCUGUUUCAUCUCAGCAGCCAUAGAGGUUCCCGGGUACAUCACCAGCUGGGUGGCGCUACGAUAUUUCCCACGACGAUAUGCUAUGAUCUGUGUCUUGCUCCUUGGAUCAGUGCCACUGUUCCUCCUUCAACUUGUACCUCAAACUCUACCACACAUGUCUCUUGUUCUGGAGAUAUUGGGUAAAUACGCUCUCACCGCUGGCGUCUCCAUGAUAUUUACCUACACCUCGGAGCUCUACCCAACGCCGCUCAGGAACACAGCCACAGGAACAACGUCCACUAUCUCCAGAGUGGGGGGCUGCAUCGCGCCGUUUGUGUUGAAGUUGAGGAUCUACCUGAAGGGCCUUCCUCACAUUGUUAUGGGGUCUCUGUGUGUUGUGUCGAUUUUUGCCACCCUCUUCCUCCCCGAGAGUUUCGGACGACCUCUACCCGAAACUAUUCAACAGAUGCACAAAAGAGAAAAGAUACGGUGUCCAUGCAUCAGUGGGGGGGAAAGAAACGUACACGUGCACUACCAGGACAGUCUAAUAUGAUUAUCAAGUGUUUUAUUUAUUUACAGUGACUUUCCUCUGUAUCCAUAUCUCAAAGCACCUUACAAUAUUACAGAGUGGAACACAACAGUUCCCAGCAAGUGCAGGCACGUCGGAGAAUAAAAACUCGUAGGGUGGAGCAGCCGUCUGCCUCGAUUUGGAGGAGAGAAAUAUUUAGAGUGAAGUGAUCUAUGGAAUUAAAUAGGUUCAUUGAGCUCUUUAAAACAUUUUGUACACAGGAGGGGGGGGAUCAUUUUUUCAGUCAACUCUGCGUUUUCUUGGUUCCCAGCCAAACAUCCACCAAGUCUGACGUCAAUCGGUUGAGUGGAGGUUGAAAAAAAAUCUAAAUACCGACAGGCAGAUAGAGAUUCAUUGAUUUAUAGAACACAACGCUGGUAAUUUGUCUGAACAGAAACUUUCUGUUGUAUUAACAUUUGGGUGAACGCUGACUUUUCAAUUUGGCUCAAGUAUUAAUUUAAAUAUUACAGUAUUGCUUUGUAUUAAAACCACAUUAUCUAAUGAUUGGUAGCUAAGAUCAUAUUACUGUUCACUGCACGGUUCAGAGUGGUGACAGUGAUCAGAAGAAAGUGACCUUCACAGAUUUGCUUCAAGAGUGUAGAACUAUUUCUCUUAACAAAGUAAAUAAAAACACAUAUAUAAAGAUAAUUAAAUAUCCUAUUAUGUUUGUGCAGCCAUGGGAAUCCGUGUAUAUGUCUGUGCUCGAUCGAUGAGUGUUCCGAUAAGAGAAUGGCAACAAAACAGAAAAUGGCACGAUGAUUCUUUUAAUAUAUCACUCAAAACCAAAAUACCUUCAUCAUCAACACUGAUUGUCUAAAGCGUUAGAUACACAAGGGAAAUUUGUGAAUCAUUGCAACCUUUUCCGGUUCAGAAAAUUCUGAUAAUUCUGUCUACGUCGACUUUAAUCUAUUGCACAAUGUGAUGCUGUAUGAACGUCUGACAAUGAAGAGCUAUCCAACAAUACACCACCAUGAAAAAUAGGCAGUUUUUAUUACCGACUUUCUCCCUCUCAGGUCAGUCUGUGCAUUGUUUGUUCAUUUACAAAGAUUAUUCAGAAAUGUUUAAAAACGCAUUUUAAAAGUGAAACAAAAGAAUUGCAGCUACACUAAAUGUGAAAAUCAGUAUAUUUGAACAUUCUGCUAUAUUAUAUGUACCAUGUAUAUUUGUAUCUAUUCAUAACAGUAAAGCAGCAGUUAUGUAAGUGUAGUUGCAGUGGUUGCUCUCUCACGGAAGAUAUUAUUCCAGGUCUAUGGACAUAUUUCAAAGCAUUAUUAUAAUUAUUAUUUAUAUCAUGUUCUUGGUCCUGUUGAUGUCAGAUACAAAUAAAAUUCAGUGAGGAACUGUUCAACAGCUGGAUGUCAGUGCUGCUCCUCGAUCAAGUGAC